AUGAACCAGCUCAGGCUGAAUACUUCAGACUUCUACUCAAACCAGUCACGCAACGUGAUUUGCCUCCUCAACUUUGCUUUGAGGAUAACGCAGCUUGAACUGUCCCUCUCCCUGAGCUUGGGAGACCAUAUGCAGCUGAGCUUCAGGCUCGCUGUUUGCAGCCAUCACCACUCCAGUCUCUUCUGUGGAGUCAUCAUGAUAAGGAGUCUUGUGGAAAACGGUUCUCAAUUCAGGAAACCUGAUAGCUGGAAGCUCAAUGAAAUAUUUGCCACUGGAAUUGUCUUGGGAGGCUACCAAGCCGUUAUGAGUGUGAUUUUCUUCUGGGUGAUUCACAAGACUGACUUCUGCUCGGACAAGUUUGGUGUGAGGUCAAUCAGGGACAAUAACGAUGAACUAAUGUUUGCUGUGUACCUACAAGUUAGUAACAUCAGCCAAGCGCUUAUAUUCGUCACGAGGUCAAGGAGUUGGUCAUUUGUUGAACGUCCAGGGGCGCUUCUGAUGAUUGCAUUCGUCAUUGCACAACUGAUUGCUACUUUGAUUGCAGUGUAUGCAAACUGGACAUUUGCAAAGGUGAAGGGUAUAGGUUGGGGAUGGGCUGUUGUGAUUUGGGUUUACAGUAUUUUAACAUACAUCCCACAAGACAUUUUGAAGUUUGCCAUUAGAUACAUCUUGAGUGGAAAGGCUUGGGUCAGCAUGUUUGACAAAAGGAGCGCUCCGACGACCAGGAGAGAUUACGGUGCUGGAGAAAGACAAGCUGAGUGGGCGAGAGAACAAAGGACGCAGCACGGUCUGCAGACAAGACAAGAGAUCAACGUCUUCCCAGAGAACGAGGGUUACAGAGAGCUUUCUCAGAUCGUUGAGCUUAGGGAGAUUCACACAUUUAAGGGACAUGUUGAAUCAGUCGCAAAGCUAAAGGGCAUGGACAUUGAUACAUCAGGACAUCACUACACUCUGUAG